UCACCGUCUCUUUCCUCCAACGUCUCAUAAAGAGAAGCGCCACACUCACAUCAAAACUGUACUGUAACUUUCUCUUCUGCAUAAGAGAGAGAGAAGAAAACAAAAUACGUAACGGAAUCUCUCCUUCCGUUUGCCGAUUGAAUCUUGAAACUGAAUCUUGAGCAUUUCGAUAUGGCUGAAAACAAGGAUGAAGUAAGCCCCAAGAGCGUUGCUGCUUCCCCUCUGAGGAACCCUAAUGUUACUCUUAACGAGAGGAAUUUCGCAGCCUUCACAAACAGAUCAGCGGCUGCUCAUCCUUGGCAUGACUUGGAGAUUGGCCCGGAAGCUCCUGCUGUUUUCAACUGUGUUGUUGAAAUUAGCAAAGGUGGCAAGGUGAAGUACGAGCUAGACAAGAACAGUGGCCUUAUCAAGGUUGAUCGUGUUCUCUACUCAUCCAUUGUGUACCCACACAACUACGGCUUCAUUCCCCGAACCAUUUGUGAAGACAGUGACCCUAUUGAUGUCCUUGUACUCAUGCAGGAGCCUGUGCUGACUGGGUCGUUCCUUCGUGCCCGCGCUAUUGGUUUAAUGCCAAUGAUUGAUCAGGGUGAAAAAGACGACAAGAUCAUUGCAGUUUGCGCUGAUGAUCCAGAGUUCCGUCAUUACAAAGACAUCAAAGAGCUUCCUCCUCACCGUCUAGCUGAGAUCCGCCGCUUCUUCGAAGACUACAAGAAGAACGAGAACAAGAAAGUCGCUGUUGAAGGUUUCCUCCCUGCUCAAGCUGCCAUCGACGCAAUUAAGGACUCCAUGGAUCUUUACGCAGCUUACAUCAAAGCUGGCUUGCAGCGUUAAUGACAGACCUCGGUCGAGCCCGUUACUCCCGGGUUGCUUUGACUUCACUAUCACUGAAGCCUUCUUAUACUCUGCAUUCAUGGUAAACUUGGUGCAUUUUUGCAAUGUACAUUGAAAUACUUUGUCGAACUGGAAGUUUCUGAUGAUGACGAUUGAGAAUUCCAAUUUCAAUCACUAUAUUUGAAGAUACAUAUUAGCUC